UGAGGCGCAACACACCUAGUCAUAGUUAUUCGAGAAUAUCGACCUCCAAAAAUUUGGCCGUCUUGCAAACUUCUCAGCAAACACGCCAUACUACUUGCUCACCAGCCAGUCGGACCAAGGCUCUUUACCACGCACGAUAGUCAGGUCGAAGCGAAGGCGAACCCCCCACCGUCCAGGCGACGCGCACACUGCGAAAUAUCGCAACACUUUCCCGCACACAACACGCUUGAUCUCCACAGAGUCUUCGGGCAGAGAUUGACGAUCCGAGGAACAUCAGCCGACACAAGCACGACACUUUCAAGCAUCACGCCCACCAUGGCUGCGGACGAGAAGGUGUUACCGCCGGAGGACGUCGAGUCCGACAGCUCAUCCGAGUCAGAAGUCGAGCAAGACCGGGCGCCCAAACCGGCCCUCAAGAAGACGGCUCGGGAGCCAGAGCCGGUCGAGCGACCUGUCUUGCCAGAACAGCCUGAUCCCAAAGAUCUGGACUUGGCGAGCCUGACGCCGUCGACAGAUUUCAUCAUCGCUAGACAGGCCACCAUCAACAUCGGCACCAUCGGCCAUGUCGCCCACGGCAAGUCGACCGUGGUCAAGGCAAUCUCCGGCGUGCAGACGGUGCGUUUUAAGAACGAGCUGGAGCGAAAUAUCACCAUCAAGCUGGGCUAUGCGAACGCCAAAAUCUACAAGUGCGACAACGAGGCGUGUCCCAGGCCGACGUGCUACCGCUCGUACAAGUCGGAGAAGGAGGUGGAUCCUCCGUGCGAGAGGGAAGGAUGCACUGGCACCUAUCGAUUGCAGCGACAUGUUUCGUUCGUUGAUUGCCCUGGGCACGACAUUCUGAUGAGCACUAUGUUGUCAGGCGCUGCAGUCAUGGACGCCGCAUUGUUGUUGAUCGCAGGCAACGAGCCUUGCCCUCAGCCUCAGACCAGCGAGCAUCUUGCAGCCAUCGAGAUUAUGAAGCUGUCAAAUAUCAUCAUCUUGCAGAACAAGGUCGACUUGCUGAAGGAAGACACGGCACAAACGCACUACCAGAGCAUACUGAAGUUCAUCAAGGGCACUGUGGCUGGCAACAGCCCCGUGAUCCCUGUCUCUGCGCAGCUGAAGUUCAACAUCGACGCAAUCAACGAGUACUUGUGCACCAAGAUCCCGGUUCCCGUCCGUGACUUCACCCACAAGCCACACAUGAUCGUCAUCCGAAGUUUCGACGUCAACAAGCCCGGUGCCGAGAUUGACGACCUCAAAGGCGGCGUAGCCGGUGGCUCCAUUCUCUCUGGCGUGCUCAAGCUCGGCGACGAAAUCGAGAUCCGUCCCGGCAUCGUGUACAAGGACCAAGCCAGCGGCGAGGCCAGGUGCAAGCCCAUCUACAGUCGCGUCGUCACCCUCUUCGCCGAGCACAACGACCUCAAGUUCGCCGUUCCCGGUGGCCUGAUCGGUGUCGGUACCAGAAUCGACCCGACGCUCUGCAGAGCCGAUCGUCUUGUUGGUCACGUCCUCGGCCUGAAAGGAAACCUGCCGGACAUCUACGUCGAGCUUGAGAUCAACUACUACCUCCUCAGACGCCUCCUGGGCGUCAAGACUGCGGAUGGCAAGCAAGCCAAAGUCCAGAAGCUCUCCAAAGCGGAAGUGCUCAUGGUCAACAUUGGCUCGAGUGCUACCGGCGCAAAGGUCUCUGCCGUCAAGGCAGACGCAGCCAUUCUCACUCUCACGUCUCCAGCGUGCACGCAAAUCGGCGAGAAGAUUGCCCUGUCUCGAAGAAUAGAAAAACACUGGCGGUUGAUUGGUUGGGCAACGAUUCUCCAAGGCAAGACCGUCACGCCUGAGGAGGACUAGAACCUCUUUCCGCACGGAACGUGACGGAUACGGGGAUGGCAAUCACAUGCAAGGUCAUUCCUGUGCUUGCACGACGUGAGCGGGAGACAGACCUGCACGAAUGCGAGCACGCUACGAAUGUUACGCAUGAAGCAUGAGCGCUAGGAGGUAUCCGGCUGAGGGAAUCCUGCAGCGUAUUUUUUUUUUGUUGGGCAGGUCAUGAUGCAGAAACGUAUGCGGGGGGGGAGUGACGGACACAUAUUUACAUGGAUAGGGGAUCCUUGAUUGUGGGUAUGGUCGGGGAGCAUGGCAGCACCUUUUUUUUUGAAGUAUGUACAGCACAGCGAAGAGGUGCAGUAGACAAAAAAGUUUUAUUAGAACAACUGCAAAUGAGAAGAAGGGCAUAGCGGCUCAGUGCGCAAACCAUCGCACCUUUGGAUGUGCG